AUGCGACUCAGCGUGUUCGUGGCCCUCACACCUGCGGUGCUGGGAUACCACAGUGAGCUGCUGCUUCGGAGUGAGGCGGAGGAGCUCGGGGUGGUUUGGCGCGGCAACGCCACGCUGCACUCCAGCCACGACGCGUUGCCGGCCGCAGUCAGUCGCCGCUCAGAGCUGCUGACAAGAGAGGAGGCGGAGGCAUUGGGGGUGAUUUGGCGUGGCAAUGCAACAGCGCAGUCCAGCCACGAGCAGCUGCCAGAGCCAAAUGGCGGAUAUCCUGAUGACUUUUCCUGGUGCAACAAGGACGGUGUCAACUAUUGCACGAUCUCACUGAAUCAGCAUAUUCCACAGUAUUGUGGCUCAUGUUGGGCUCACGGAUCAGCCUCAGCCCUGGCAGACCGCAUCAAGAUUGCGCGCAAAGCCCAAGGUGCAGACGUUCAACUUUCCGUUCAGCACAUGCUCAACUGUGGACGAGUGGGAUCUUGCCACGGCGGCACAGUGGAUGGGCCUUACCAAUGGAUCUAUAGGCUCAGUCACCAGACCGGAUCCGGCAUCAGCUACUUCACGUCCCAGCCAUACUUGGCAUGUUCCAGCGAAAGUAAGGCCGGCAUUUGUGCCCAUGUGGAUACCAGCUGCAAGGCCGAAAACAUCGCCAGGACUUGCAGCACCUUUGGUCAGCCCUGCGUGGGCCUGGACACCUAUCCCAAUGCAACCGUCUCGGAUUUCGGCUCCAUCCGCGGGAAGGCCGCGAUGAUGAAGGAGAUCUACAAUCGUGGCCCCAUCUCUUGUGGCAUCGAUGCGAUGCCUUUGCUCAAGUACACCACCGGCAUCGCCAGUGGCUUCCGCUUGCUACCGGACCAUGUUGUCUCUGUGGUUGGAUGGGGAACUGAUCCCAACGAAGGUUUCUACUGGAUCGUGCGAAACUCCUGGGGCGAAUACUGGGGGGAGCAGGGCUACGUGCGCGUGAAGAGCGGCGCGCUGGCUCUCGAGCGGCAGUGUGCGUGGGCAGUGCCUGGCGAGUACACCGCGCCAGAGAAGAACAACGAGAUUCAUUGCUAUGAAGGUGGUGAGAACUGCCAAAGCAAGCAAGGCGCAGCGGACACUCUUCGAGCGAAGGAGCUUUGGAGCCGUGCGGAGGUUGAGAGCCAUGGCUUCGUUUGGAGAGGCAACUCAUCGUCACCAUCAUCGCACGAGCUUUUAGAAACUCCCAACGAUGGCUUUCCAAAGGCAUUCUCCUGGUGCAAGAAGGAUGGCAAGAGCUAUUGCACCAUCUCCGUGAAUCAGCACAUCCCACAGUACUGUGGUAGUUGUUGGGCACAGGGAAGUAUGAGUGCACUAGCAGACCGCAUCAAGAUUGCCAGGAAUGCUGAAGGCAUUGACAUCCAGCUCUCCGUGCAGCACUUGAUGAACUGUGGAACCGCUGGUACCUGCAAAGGAGGUGAACCCAACUCGGCUUACCAGUGGCUGAAGGAGAUCAGUGACAAGACUGGAAGUGGCAUCAGCUACACCACAGGUCAGCCAUACUUGGCAUGUUCCAAAGACUUGAGCAGUGGAUUCUGCAAGGAUGCUGAUUUCACCUGCAGCGCGGAGAACGUGCAGCGCACCUGCGCGACCUUCGGGAAGAGCUGCGUGGGCUUGGCGAAGUAUCCCAACGCCACGGUGGCAGAGUAUGGCUCGAUCAAGGGCAAAGACGCCAUGAUGAAAGAGAUCUUCAAUCGGGGGCCCAUCGCUUGCAACGUGGAUGCCAACUACAUUCUCAACUACACGACGGGCAUUGUCACUGCCAAGUCUGGAGCUCAGGGAGGAGUUUUGAGCAGCCAGACCGACCAUACCAUCUCGGUGGUCGGCUGGGGCACCGAUGAUCAGUUGGGCCUCUAUUGGAUUGUCCGCAACUCCUGGGGCGAGUACUGGGGUGAGCAGGGCUACUUCCGCGUCCAGAGUGGGGCGCUAGCCAUCGAAGAGGAGGGGCGCACGGAUCUUGAUGAAGUUCAGCCUCCACCAAACCAAGUGGUUCCCUUCUGUCAACUUUGA